AUGGCGCUGACGCCGGGGUACCUGGCGGAGACGGGCAUGCAGCCCGUAUCAGGCGUAGCCUGCGUGCUGUCUGGCGCAGAGGAGGGUGACUUCCCAACGGCGUCCUCGUCCUCCAAGAAGAAGCCCGUGGGCAAGUGGCACGGCGCCUCCGUGCGCGAGACGUUCAUCAAGUUUUUCCAGGAGAAGUGCAAGCACUCCUUCGUGCCGUCGUCGCCCGUGGUGCCGCACAACGAUCCGACCUUGCUCUUUAUCAACGCCGGCAUGAACCAGUUCAAGCCCAUCUUCGUCGGCCAGAUCGACCCGAGCCACCCAUUCGCGAAGUUGAAGCGCGCGGCCAACUCACAGAAGUGCAUCCGCGCCGGCGGCAAGCAUAACGACCUGGAGGACGUCGGGAAGGACGUGUACCACCACACGUUCUUCGAGAUGCUUGGCAACUGGUCUUUCGGCGACUACUUCAAGAAGGACGCCAUCGACUGGGCCUGGGAGCUCCUGACCAAGGUCUACGGCAUGGACCCAUCGCGCCUGUACGCCACGUACUACGGUGGAGAUCCCAAGCAGCCCAGCGUUCCCAGUGACGAAGAGGCCAGGGAGAUGUGGAAAAAGUACCUUCCGGAGAGCAGGAUCCUCCCGUUCGACAUGAAGGAUAACUUCUGGGAGAUGGGGGACACCGGCCCCUGCGGCCCCUGCACAGAGAUCCACUACGAUCGAAUUGGUGGCCGGGACGCGGCCCACCUGGUAAACAUGGACGACCCUGACGUGCUCGAGAUCUGGAACCUCGUGUUUAUGCAGUACAACCGCGAGAACGACGGCUCCCUGACCACCCUCCCGGCCCAGAGCGUCGACACGGGCGCUGGCCUCGAGCGCGUCACGUCCGUGCUCAUGGACAAGCGCAGUAACUACGACACCGACCUCUUCACCGAGAUUUUCGACGCGAUUCAGGCCAAGACCGGGUGCAGGGACUACACUGGCAAGGUGGGCGACGAGGACACCGACCACGUGGACAUGGCCUACCGCGUGAUCGCGGACCACAUCCGGACACUGACUAUCGCCCUCACGGACGGCGCGGUGCCCUCCAACGACGGUCGCGGGUACGUACUGCGUCGGAUCCUGCGGCGCGCGGUGCGCUACGGCCGCGAGAUCCUCGGAGCGAAGCCUGGCUUCUUCCACACGCUUGUGGACUCGGUGCUCGACACGCUCGGCGACGCCUUCCCGACGCUCAGGGAGAACCCAGAGGACGUCAAGGCGAUCAUCAAGGACGAGGAGGAGCAGUUCGGGAGGACGCUGGAGAAGGGCACCGCGAAGCUGAAGGCGUUUGCGAGCAAGGGCAAUAUCACUGGCGACGACGCGUUCCUGCUGUUCACCAGCUACGGCUUCCCGGUGGACCUCACGGAGCUUAUGGCCGCGGAGCUCAAGGUCGAGGUGGACAUGCCGGGAUUCGAGGCCAGGAUGCAGAAGUUCAGGGAGGACUCGAAGGCCAGCGGCACAUUCAAGAACAGGAAGGACAUGACGUUGAUGGCCGCCCAGACCGACGAGCUCGGCAAGAAGAUGGCCCUGGCCACGACCGACGAGUCGGCCAAGUACACCUGGGACAGCGCGAAGGGCGACGGCUCUGAGAUGCCGGCCAAGGUCAUGGCCAUCUACGACGGCAAGGAGUUCAUCAAGAGCUGCAAGGUCGAGAACGAGACCGUCGGAAUUGUGCUGGACAAGACGCCCUGCUACGCCGAGCAGGGAGGCCAGACGUUCGACACCGCCGAGAUCACCACCGCGGCCGGCGCGGAGUUUAAGUGCGAAGACGCGCAGAAGUACGCGGGCUUCGUCCUCCACAUCGGGACCAUGACUGGCGGUGAGAUCAAGGUCGGCGACGCUGUGGGCGUCAAGGUCGACUACGCCAGGCGCGCCCUGAUCGCCAAGAACCACACCGCGACGCACAUCCUCAACUACGCGUUGCGCGCGGUGCUGGGAGACAAGAUCGACCAGAAGGGCUCCCUCAACGACGAGUACAAGCUGCGAUUUGACUUCUCCUACGGCAAGCCCAUCGAGACCGAGGAGCUGAACAAGAUCGAGGAGAUCUGCAACCAGGAGAUCCAGAAGGCGCACAAGAUCUGCUUCCAAGAGGUGGCCCUGGGCAAGGCCAAGGCCAUCGGCGGGCUGCGCGCGGUCUUCGGAGAGACCUACCCGGACCCGGUCCGCGUGGUCAGCGUGGGCCCGGAGGUGGACGCCAUGCUGGCGGACUCGAAGCAGCUCUGGGGCGUCAACUACAGCGUCGAGUUUUGCGGCGGCACUCACGUGAACAACAGCAGCGAGAUUUACAAGUUCGUCUUGCAGGUGGAGGAGGGCAUCGCCAAGGGGGUAAGGCGCAUCGUGGCGGUCACGGGCCCGCAGGCCGCUGUAGAGGCCACGCUGAAGACCAAGGCCCUCUCCGUGGAGGUCGACGAGGCCAAGACGCUCAUGGGGGCGCUGCUCGAGAAGAAGAUCGCCGAGAUGAGGAACAAGAUCUCCACCGACAAGGAGGUCUCCCUGGUGCUGAAGCGGAAGAUGCUCGGGGACAUCGACAAGCUUAAGGAGAAGCAGUUGGCUGGGGGCAAGGCGGAGGCCAAGGCAGUGGAGAAGAAGGCUAAGGAGAUCGGCGAGCAGAUCGCGGACGAGGCCGCCAAGGCUUCGGGCGACAUGUACGUCGGCGUUGUGGACGCGGGCGUUUUUGACGACGGCAAGGCGGUGGCCUUCGCGGAGGGCGCCGCGUCCAAGAAGUGCACCACCAAGGCGAUGUUCUUCAUCAGCAACGCGGGCGGCAAGCUGGCGGUGCUUGCGGUUGUGCCGAAGGACCUCAAGGGCAAGGUCUCCGCGAAGGCCUGGACGGGCGCCGUGCUGGAGGCCAUCGGCGGCAAGGGUGGCGGCAACGACGACAAGGCCCAGGGCCAGGUCUCCGACCCCGCCAAGUUCGACGAAGCCCUGGCGAAGGCCAAGGAGUUCAUGGGCAGCGGCGGGGGCGGCGGUGGCUUCAAGCCCGCCGAGAGGGCGGCGCCGCAGAAGGAGGGCAAGAAGGACAAGGGCGCCAAGGAGGAGGCGAAGCCCGCCGCCAGCCCCGAGGAGGAGGCAAAGAAGAAGCUGAAGAAGGUGAAAAAGGAGGGCGGCAAGCGGGGCGUCGAGAUCGAGGGGGCGGCCGACAUGGGCGGCCUGCAGUUCUUCUGCACCUCCGUGGACGAGCCGGAGGGGGACCUCGAGCUCCUGAUGACGUGCGUGGAAGCCAUGAACGAGAAGAGCGACCCGACGGAGGAGGAGCGCAAGGGCGGCUCUGGCCACAUCGGCAAGAUGGUGUUCUCCUGCGGGGUCGAGCAGCUGGCCAUCGUGGCCUACGUGCCCGAGGAGAAGCAGGGCGAGCUGAACUGCAAGGAGUGGCUGGAAAAGGUGCUGGCCCUCUACCCGGGCAGCAAGGUGGUGAGCGAGAGCGCGACCUACUGCUCGGGCGCCAUCCUCUCGAACGCCGACAAGAACAUCUUCCCGCUCAAGAUCAGGGAGGGCCUGAUCCUGGAGGCGAACAACUUCCUGCGAAGCAAGGGCUUGUUCCCGGAGGACAACGGCGACGACAGCGACGAGAUGGUGUUCGGCGACGACGACUUCCCGUCCUAG